CAGCAAAAUAGGCAAAUAUGGAGGGAACAUUAUUUUCCCCUGCUUUGGAAGGAAUGAAGGAUGUCAAAUCUGAACAUGGAGAACUAAUGACUAAGCCUUUCUUGGAAGUUUGCAAACUUGUAUUGCCAAUUCUAGAUAAAUUUGGAGCUGCAAUGACUGUGGUUAAAUCUGAUAUCAGCGGAAAUAUAGCUAGGUUAGAAUCCAAGUAUAACGAUAACCCAUCGAGAUUCAACUACUUGUACAGUUUUGUACAGGCAGAAGUUGAGAUAAAGACAGCUAAAUCUUCAUCCAGUUGUACUAAUGGUCUUCUAUGGUUAACAAGAGCCAUGGACUUCAUAGUGGUGCUCUUUCACAAUUUAGCUCAGCAUCAAGAUUGGUCAAUGUCCCAAGCUUGCAAUGAUUCUUACUCCAAGACGUUGAAGAAAUGGCACGGAUGGCUUGCUAGUUCAAGCUUUACGGUUGCGAUAAAGCUUGCACCAGAUAGGAAAAAGUUCAUGGAGGUCAUAAGUGGCAAUGGUGACAUCAACAGUGAUAUGGAGAAGUUCUGUACGACGUUUUCACCUAUACUUCAGCAGAUCCACAAAUUUUUGACUAGUGUUGGCUUGGACAGUAUGAAGGCUUCAUGAUCAACUUCUCCAGUAUCAGCAUUGUUAUUUUUCUCCAAAAAGUUUACCAGAUCUGUUGCUUUUAUUUUCAUUUCAUCCCACUCAAAUUUAAGGAAAGAACGCGUAUGAUCUCAGUUUAUGGAAUGCUAGUUGUAA